CUUUUCCGCCCAUUUUACAAAUCUUUAAAAUUGGUGAGACGGUCAAACGACUUUCACAGAGACUUCCGCUUUUCUGAUGGGCAUUGAAUACAACACUACAGAUUGCCAUAUUGCUUCCGGCUGCGUCACAUGUUUACGUAUUUGGGUUGCUAGUUGAUGCUAUAAACUCUGGCAGUAUUUAGUCAAGGUUAACAGUGCACGUGUCUUGCUUUCGUGUUAUUCCACGUGUUCGGCUUUAGUUCUCAAUACCUUUGUUUCCAAGCAUAUAAAAAGAAAACAGUUGUAUUAGUUGCAUUAUUUGUGGCGGAAGUUUGAGGCUCGCCUAUUUGCUAGCCAAGGGAAGUUAGCAUCACUGGUCUUUGCUCACACUGUCCAUCAUUGGGACACAAAAAAAAAUAAAGAGAGUUCCAAAUGCGUCUUAAGGAGCCCCUGCCCUUGACAGCCGCCAACAUGACUAAGCGGACAAAUAAACCCCGAAAACCUCGAGAUGACGAAUCAUCAGAUGAAGUCAGUGGGUUGACUUGCCAACAUGUGACGAAGGCAGUGGACUUAAGCUUGGUGAAGAAAUCUGUGUUGUCCAGCUUGUGGUUGGUGUGUUCUGAGUGCCUGAAGGAAAGAACCAUGAUCAAGAGUGAGCCAGCAGCAUUUCAAGACAUCUUAGUUUGCCUCAAGUGUGGUUUCCAAGGCUGUAACCACUCAGGGAUUGAACAUGCUGUCAAGCACCACCGAGAUUUCCAUCCCGAGUCUCAUUGCAUCACCAUAAGCUUGAGCACCUGGAAAGCCUGGUGUUUUGAAUGUAAUGAGGAGCUCUCCACUCACUGUAACAAAAAGGCGUUGGCGCAGACUCUGGAAUUUCUACAGAAGCACUCUGUCAAGGUGACAUCAGCAACAUCGAUCAAGAUCCCGAAAUUGAGGGAGGAACCCUCUGAUUGUCAUGACCCCUCAAGAGGCAAAAGCUCACUCAUCAACAAUGGCUUCGUUCCUGUUAAAGGCAUCAAUAACCUUGGCAACACCUGCUUCUUUAAUGCUGUUAUGCAGAAUCUGUCCCAAACUCAUAUGCUCAUUGACCUCAUCCAGGAAGUGAAGGAGAAAGGGUAUAAACUAAGGAUCUGCCCCCCAGUUGAGAGCAAUCUGGCCCCAUUAGUAGCAAUGCUGCCCAGUCCUGAGCCCCUGACUGCAGCCAUGCUUCUCUUCCUCCAGUGCAUGAAAGAACCAGGAAAAGGUCCAGUUAAUCCCAAGAUCCUCUUUAAUCAGCUCUGCCAGAAGGCUUCACGCUUUAAGGGGUAUCAACAACAGGACAGCCAGGAGCUCCUUCACUAUUUGCUGGACUCCAUACGAGUAGAGGAAACUAAAAGGGUGAAGGCAGGAAUCCUCAGGGCUUUUAACAAUCCCACUGAGAAGACGGCAAAUGAGGAAACCAGGCGUAAAGUCAAAGCAUAUGGAAAGGAAGGUGUAAAGAUGAACUUCGUUGACCGCAUCUUUGUUGGAGAGCUGACCAACACCAUUAUGUGUGAAGAGUGUGAACAUAUCUCGACAGUUAAGGAAGCUUUCAUAGACAUCUCUUUACCCAUCAUAGAGGAACGUAUAUCAAAACCAUCUAACAGUGUCAGGCCAGCGAAGGGAAGUCGGGAGCAGGAAACCAACACGGCGGUCCUUUCCACUACAAACUCGGCCACCAAAAACACCAGGAAAUUGAGUGGACAGAAACAUUGUGGCAGGAGGUCUUCCAGUUCUGUGGCUGGAAAAGGGGCAGGCUGCAGUGUGGAACAACCCCAAGAAGAGGGAAUUGCAACUGGAUCAGCCCGCUGUGUCUCUGCUCACAAGAUGGGCGCUUGCGGAAGCCUCUCAGAUGGCAGUGAGAGAGGCUCUGGUCCUCAGGACAGCAGUAACGAUGCCGACAGCGAGGCUUCAGAGACCGAGUGGACCCCGCACACAUCCUGCUCCAGUCAUGUCCAAUCUCACCCAACACCCACUUUCAAUUCAUCCACUGUAUCUGUUUCUACCUCACCAUCAUCCUCUUCCAAGCAAGUUGACACUGUCGAGCCUCUUUUAAGUAGUUUGUCAAAAGUCAGCCUUGGCUGUUGUUCAGGGGACAACCCUCCUUCUUUGCGAUGUUCUCUGGAAGAACCAGAGGAAACAAAAUCCCGAGAGAAUCUCCGCCAUCAUUACCACCAGGGGGCAUUCCAGGCACUCUCCCAAAGUUACAAUCCCGGCUCCAAGGAGUGCUCCAUCCAGUCCUGCCUCCACCAGUUUACCUCGGUGGAACUUCUGAUGGGCAACAACAAGUUGCUUUGUGAGAGCUGCACUGAACGCAGACAAAAGCAGAUGCGCAAGAGCAGCUCAGCUGAGAAAAAGGUGGAGAAAAUUUAUACCAGCGCAAGGAAACAAAUGCUCAUUUCCUCACUUCCUCCUGUGAUCACGUUGCAUCUGAAACGCUUCCACCAGGCUGGGAUGAAUCUACGAAAGGUGAACCGCCAUGUCGACUUUCCUUUGAUUUUAGAUCUGGCCCCAUUUUGUUCAGCAUCAUGCAAGAACCUGCUGCAUGGCGACCGUGUUCUUUACAGCCUGUAUGGGAUUGUAGAGCAUAGUGGCUCAAUGCGUGGUGGUCACUACACUGCGUAUGUAAAAGUCCGUGCUCCCCAGAAGAAAACAGAGCAUCACAGGAACUUGUCAGUUGCAAAGGACUAUAGCAGCAGUUCCCAGGGCCAGUGGUUCUACAUCAGUGAUACUACGGUCCAAAUGGUACCAGAGUCCAGAGUUCUUCUCUCUCAAGCAUAUCUGCUGUUCUAUGAGGAAAUGAUAUGAUCUGACAAAUUUCAUACAGGACAUUAAUCUGACUAGUGUCAUGUGUUCGUCUCUUAAGGAUUGGAAAAGGGAAAUGUUUUUUCUUCAAUCACAUUUGCAAUUCUUUUCUUUCAUAAAUUCAUACUUCUAAAUCGUGAAAUUAUCUCGAUUAACAUUUGAAGUUAGUCAAAAUUCACAUAAUACUGUUUGACUUGCAAAUUAAACAUAACAUAGCAAAUUAAAGGAUUUGCAAAACGGUUGUAGAAAGGUUGUACAAUCCAUUUUUUCCCUUUUGCGCAAAAAUAUUUCAGUACAUCACAUUUGCCAAAGAUCAAGUCAUAUCCGAAAAUCAAAACCAAAGUAUUUUUCUGCCUUAACUUUUUUUUUUUGUCUAUUUAAGGCAAUCAAUCAUUUGUGGCACAUGCAAAAUACUGUUGAUCAUUUCAAUCUGAUUGCCUUCAUUGCACAGUAUUUGACCUCUACUGUAGUAGCAAACAACCAGACACUUAAAAUGUCGACCCAGCUACUAUUGGUAAGGUUUUACCAAAUCAUAGGAAUGAAAAACUGAGGCUUCAAGCCUUACUAGUAAAACAACAUCUUUGUGUAAUAUGCAUGGGAUCAAUGUUCUAAUUCAUUUAUUGAUUAUUCUUGCAUCAUAAAAUGAGACUUUAUAUAUUUUUUUGUCUAAACAUUUUUAAAAUUUGCCAAAAGGGAGUUUAUUGGCAUAAUAGAGAUUUAGAGGGUUUUUUUUUUUUUUUGUUAAAACAUAAGAUUCCACAAAUUCACUGCCUAUGCCAAUUGUUAUGAAACAUGCAUGGUGAAAAGAAACGCGUGCAGAAUUAAAUGCCCCGAUGGCUACUGUAUGUGACAUUCAUCUCCAUUGAAGUUUGUAAAUGUGUAUUACACUUGUGCGAUAUGUUGCGGCAUGCAGGGUUUCUCCUUGAGGCAAUUACUUUUUUGUAGGACAUUUCAUCUUGAAAUAAUGAACUCUUGUUAUACAUUGAAACCAUGGACAUAGAGUAUUACAAAUUAAAUAAAUCAAAUUUAUGGACAAAAUCUUCUUCAGAAGUCCGUAUUUUAGCCACAACAGCCUGAAUAAAAUGCAGGGCAUGAUGAAAAUGAUGUAUUGUCUUGGCACUUG